AUGGAAACCCUACAAGAAACUGCCCGUGUUGUCACGUCUAAGCCCGUUCAGCGAGCUGUCGUUAACACCGUACUCCUCGUUUCGACAGCGGCAACCCUCUUUUGCACGGCUGCCAUUGCUUCAUUGCUCUUUUUCCAGAAUUUCUUACCCCAUGAGGUCGUCACUUUGCCAUUACACCUCCAAUAUGGCUCUGGAAUUAACCCGUAUGGAAUCGCCUCUCUUCAAAUUCCACCGAUGAAGACGCAGCAAGAAUACGAUGUGUCUUUGAUUUUAGCAAUGCCUCGCUCGAACCCAAACGUGGAGCGCGGCAACUUCAUGAUUAGCCUGCACAUGCUCGACUCGCAAGCUGACGCUGGGUUGCAUGCUGUGGCGGAACGUCACGCAUCGCUACACCAAGGAUUUGAAGGGGCCAAUGUACUAUUCACUUCACGCAGACCUGCUUUAUUUCCUUACGUGGACCCAUUGGUAUCGGUUGCGUCUCGCGUGCUGUUUCUGCUUUACCAUUUAUUCACACCAGGUUCAAGCACGAACUCGAUGAUCAUCCCGUUGGCCGAGCGAGUUUUGUUCUCAAAAGUCUCAGAUCUCCCAAAGUCGGCGUACGUGGAGGUAGAAGCGGGCCAGACCAUUCAGAUUUACCAUGCCUACCUGCAGCUUACAGCUCAGCUUCGCGGUCUCCGGUGGAUGAUGGUUCACUAUCGCAUCUCGACAUUCAUCGCCUUGACCCUUGUAUUUUGGGCGUUUGAAGUUGUUUUUAUGGGUGUCGCCUGGGGACUUUGGAGUGUCGCUUCAGGGUCACCGCCUGGAGAUGCUGAUGACAAGACCAAGAGGCUUGAGGCAGAACGAUAUGAGUAUGAGGAUGAGGACACAGAUCGCGCAGAGACCUUUCCGACAUACGGGAGACAGCAACCCCUCAAGUACGAGCCCGAAAUCAAACCUGAAGCGGAUCCUGAACAACCUUUAUCGGAAAUUCCUCGAGCAGGAGCCGACGCUGAUGAUGAAGAUGAGGGAAGUUUUGACGAUGACGACGACGAUGUGCAACACAAGGAUUCGGGUAUCGGAACGAGUUAUAGUGAGGAGGGAAUUUCAAGCAUUCGAAGGCGAACGUCACGUAAUAAAUUGUAG